AUGAGUACCGAUUACCUCUACCUCAGGGCAAAGUCCAUUGAUGAUGACAAUCUCUGUUUGGCUCCAAUAGAAACUCUGAUAACAUUGUUUACUAUACAAUACUGUGAAUCGGAGGUGAAUAUAAAUUUAGUCUUGGAUGAAGAGGAGCCUGACGAGCUGUCACAUGCGGUCGACCUUUCUUGGUUCAACUAUAGGAUUUUAAACUCUUUAAACGAUGUACCAUAUCAUACCAGUGGCUGCAAAUUUCCCACCAUAGUUGUAAAUGAGAUAACAUACGUCGCUGGUCUUUGCGCAACCUUGAGGCAAAUAGUGAAAACAAAAAGCAUUGAUUUUCCACACUACAGCAGGUCGCUACUGGGCUUUAAAGAUGCGUGUCUGUUAUCGUGUUCGGAAUCAAGCGUCUGGACAAGAUUCUGUGAGGUUGACUUGAUCUCAAGUUUGAAAUCACCGUUGCUAUGGUCCCUGAAAGGGGAUACAAGCAGUCUUGAAAUACCUGCAAGCAUUGCCAGGUUUGAGUACCAAAUGUCACAGCCUCUACGACUCCAUAAUUUAUACAAGUAUACCAUGUCAAAAAAAUUCGCAGUUGGUGGUAUACCGACCAAUGACAGAAGCAAGUUACUAGAACAUGUUUACGCAGAAGGUCCUUACAUGACCCUUGCAGACUUAAUUAUAUUCGUGUGUGUUCAUGUUUUCUUUGGUCCAGAGACUCAUAGUCAGAACUUGUUGCAGGUUAUACCCUUAAUCACAAAAUGGUACCUUAAAAUUAAAGAAAGUGACGCGAUUUUAGAGAGUCUGAAAUGUUUCAGAUUUUUGAAUAAAUGGAGAAUUGAAAGUGGUCCAGUUACUGGUUACAUUCUUCCGGACGUUGAGCACCAGAGUCUUUAUAACAGUGACCCCAAAAGAUACAAGCCUCGUAAUCGAAUUUACACCAGACAAAUGGACACUGAUAAAUCUUUAAAGUUGAUCGAGGAACUGAAGGUUGAUAUUUGUUUGGACUCCAAGCCUUUUGGUUACAAAAUAGAAUUAGACUGGAAUAAAAUUCCUCUCGAAGCAACUCCGGUAGGAGGAGCUUUACCAGAAAAUCGUGCAAAGCGAAAAUUUGAACAACUGAAAAAUUUAUGUCGCCCAGUAAUCGCCAUAGCUAAACCUGCAGAUGUAAUUGUAGAUUUUUGUUCAGGUGGAGGCCACCUUGGAAUAUUAAUCGCCUAUUUAUUGCCAAAGUGCAAAGUCAUUCUUCUAGAAAACAAAGAAGAAAGUUUGAACCGGGCAAAGGAACGUGUGAAAAAACUCAAACUAUCGAACGUCAAGUUUUAUCAAUGUAAUUUAGACUAUUUCAAAGGUCAUUUUGACAUUGGAGUGUCUCUACAUGCAUGCGGCGUAGCGACUGAUUUAGUUAUCCGUCAGUGUUUGAAACAAAAUGCAAUAUUUAUCUGCUGCCCUUGUUGUUACGGCAGCGUCCACGACUGUCACCACAUAACAUACCCACGUAGUGAGAUAUUUAGAAAAAAAAUCGAUACCAGAACGUACCUUGUUCUCGGUCACUCAGCUGAUCAAACACACGACACGAAAAACCCUAAAACCGAACAGGGUUACAAAUGCAUGUCUGUUAUAGAUACAGACAGAAAGCUGCAAGCUGAGGAAUUCGGGUACGUAGUUAGGAUCGGUAAACUCGAGCCUGAUAAUUGUACGCCUAAAAAUCAUUUACUUGUCGGUGUUCCAAACGCAUCGAAGAAUCUUUUGUUACUGAAUUGAAUAAAUAGAAAAUUAUUACAUA